CCUUCUGCCGCACCCAAACCGCGCGACGCACGCCUUGUUGAGCUCCUGCUCACUUCGCAGGGAGUCACAUCCUAUGAGCAGCGAGUGCCUCUCCUGCUCCUGGACUUUGCCUACCGACAUACCUCUUCCGUCCUCAGCGAUGCACUGCACCUCUCCGGCGAUCCAUACGUUACACAGGCUGGAUCUAAGCCCUCAGCCUCCGGCGCAGGUGCCACUGCUGCUCCGUCAGGCGACGCCAGCGUCAGCGCAAAUGCUGUCAAGGUUGCCAUCGCCGCCCGCCUAGGCUACCAAUUCCGCGGAGGAAGCAGUGGAGGCGGUAUCAGCAAAGAGUACAUGCAGGAGCUGGCGCGAGAGCGAAACAAGAUUGCUCUGCCAAAGAUUGUGCCAAACGAAUGGGGUGUUCGGCUGCCAAGCGAAAGAUUUGUUCUCAGUGGGACAAGCUGGGGACUCAAGGACAUGUGGGAUGAGGAUGAUAUGGAUGAGGAUGAGGAGAGCUCA